GACGCGGGUUGUCUGAUUCCAGUUAGCUUUUACCUGGGGUUUUCAGUUUAAUACGGGACUUAUACAAACUACUACUCUGUUAUCUGGAUAUCAUUUGAUAAAAAAAAUAUGUUUAAAUAUUUCUAGUUCUUCAUUAGCCAAAAAGCCCUUAGCUAGGCUGAUAUAGGUACAUAUAUAUGCAUAUAACAUUCUCUAAACAUAAUUAGAAUAAUAUUUAAACCAACAGAGUGAAAAACUGAGAUUGACAUACAGCUGACACGGUGUUAUGAUAAGGAGUCAAACGGCGAGGUUCGAUACGGAUUAAUAUUGUAUCCUAAUUGUUAAUAUGAAGAGGGACUACCAGAAUAAAUUACUGUUCAUGUGUGUGUGUGCUGCAACAUGUUCCAUGUAUUUACUCGCAAUGCUUCCAUCUGUCGGAACAAGAAAUGAUGCUAAUGGCGACCACAGGACCGACAUCUUGGAUCUAAGUGAUACCAUACAGCAGGCCUAUCUCGCGAAUCAGUCCGGUUCAACAAGUAUAGCGUCUACCGUUAAUGAUUCGAGAGAUCCGUACCGGUUCGAGCGCUACGAACCCGAUACAGGAUCACACGUUCCAGUCCCAAUAGUCAUUACGACGUACAUGAGGAGUGGUUCAUCCUUCCUUGGGGAGAUUCUACAGGCCAAUCCAGACACGUUUUAUUGGUUCGAACCCGUCCACGAAAUGUGGGGAUUACAUAAAGCUAACAUCAACCACCAAUAUGAUUUCAAAGACGGAACAAAACGGAUAUUCCCUUCUUUUCUGGACAUAGCAGUUCCCACCAUCAAAAACCUAAGUACAUGUGAUCUGGACAAUGUUCCUAUGAAUGUUUUGAGAGAACAGUUUCUGGAAAAAAGUAAACAGAUGAGAGAGUUUGUACAAUGUAGAGGCUAUAAAAAGAAAGGCCAUGCAAGCAAUACAAGAUUAAUUCAAUGUUUACCGAAUCUAAAGACAAAAUGUGCAAAUUCUAAAUACAUUGUCGUAAAAACUAUUCGAAUUAAUAUGAAAAGCUUAGAAAUUAUGUUAGAAAAUAUACCAACAUUAAAAGUGAUACACCUAAUGAGGGACCCAAGGGGAACGUCUCGCUCUCAACAGGCCGUCGGCCAACUCUCAAAACAAAACUAUAGACAGGAAAUAGCGGAUUUCUGUAAACUUGUGUAUGAGGAUGUCCUGCAAAAAGAGUUAUUGGAGAAGAAAUACCCCGACAGAAUUAGAACAGUGUUUUACGAAGAUGUUGCUAGGAACCCGAUAACAUAUGCCAAAUCAUUGUAUGCAUAUCUCGGCAUGCAGUUUACCGCCAAUAUUGAGAAAACGAUUCACGGUUUUACAUUAGCCGGAAGAAGUGGUUCAAAAACUUGUGGAAUUCUUUGUACUCAGAUGGCAAACUCAACUGAAGAGGCCAGCAAUUGGCGGAAUCAAAUCAGUAUGACAUUGGUUAAAAUAGUCGAUACUGCCUGUUUUGAUUUGUAUAACAAAAUUGGUUAUAAAUCCAUUCCGAAUGUCACUUUAUUACGCGAUAGAUCCUUUGAACUCCGUUACUGACCAUGUAGAAUGCCAUUAAAAGUUGUCUUAAUUUUGUUGUGGUCGGUACUUGCAAGUAUGAUGCCAUAAGUAAAUUAUGAAUUUCUGAGAAUAAAAUAAUUAUUGAGUUAUAUAAA